AGUCUUCAUUAUGUAAUCAAUGCGGAAGCAGUAUGCAAAAGCAAUGGUCACGUGCUGAAAUGCGAUCGCUUUGAUGAAGCUUUAAUUAGGAACACAGCAGAAGCCAUAGUUAUCAUCGCAUAUUGCCCCAAGGUGGUCAACUUUCCCAAAAUGGCGACGGUCACUCGACUGAUCAUUACAAGUACACCGAUGUCAUGUCAUGACUUGGAUGACCUUAACAUUCAUGCUGAGAUUAUUCUAAAUGGAAAAAGUUGCAAGAAAACUAAGGCAGCAGCAUCAAAUGUUAAACUGACAACAACCGCGUCUACGGCCACAACAUCAACAAACUCGCCCAUCACAUCAAGCACUAUACUGGAAGCUGUCAUUGUGACAAUUAAUAAAACUUGGAUCUACGUUUCAUUUGGAUUGAUAAGUUAUCGUUCUGACAUGUGUUGUGUGUUGUAUUCGACUGCUACUAAAACGUCGUAGACGUACAGAAGAACGAAC